UCUGUGAAGAAGACUCGAGUAAACGCCAGCAAUAAGGCAAUUCAUGUCGAUGCCAUUAGUAAAUCAACUCGGAGUACAUCCAGUUUCAUAUACGGUUUCUAGGUGACCGAAUCGUUUUAUAUCUACCAUGUCAAAGGCAACCAAACGCAAGCACGUAGUCAAAGAAGUUCUGGAGGACUGUGUCACACCCACUGAAGACCAGCAUAUCAUGAGGGUCUUGGGAAGUAAUGGCAAUAACUUGCAUGAAGCUGUGACUGGCAGCGGCGAGCGCUUUCUUGUCAGUAUGCCUACUAAAUUCCGCAAGAACAUCUGGAUCAAACGAGGAGACUUUGUCAUUGUUGAUCCCAUUAAAGAAGGAGGGAAGGUGAAAGGAGAAAUAAACUUUAUACUUUACAGGGACCAUAUUCAGUACCUGAGAAAACUUGGUGUCUGGCCAGAAGGAUUCCAGGAGGAUCGCACAUCCAGUGAGAGGAAUGAGGAAGCCCCGAAAGAAAGAAGUGAAAGAAAAACAGAGGAGGAAGAGGAGGGUGACAGCGACUCUGAGGAUGAUGACAGCGAUCUUUUUGUAAACACCAAUCGUGCCACUGUUCUCUACAGUGAGAGUGAGGAAGAGACUGAUGAAGAUGAGGAGGGCAACAAUGAUGAUGAUGGUGGUGAUGAUGAAGAGGAGGAGGAAGAUGAUGAUGAAAGAAGAGCAUUAAAAACCGCAUGAUACUGGAAGAUGCUUCCACCACAGUAUGACCAAGAACAGUUUUCUAUGAACUUUAAUUGGACUUAAAAACCUGGAAAACUAUACUGGUGCCUGAGACUGAGCUAUUAUUGCAUUGAAUGAUAUCUCUGUGAUGGCUUUCAGAAGUUUCUGCCUGUUUCAUUUGUUUCAAGUCUCGAACUCAUUUUGUUUUAUUAAAAGAAACAUUGUAUAUUAUAAUUCUUGUAAAUACGGUGUUGUAAUAAACUUUUUGUACACAUUUUUUUAAACCAAUGCAAAUAUCUAAACAUACUUGAAUCAAGAUUAUUCUACUUUCGAUGCAAAAUGAAGUCAUUUUUUUUCUGACAGAUCUAACAAAAUUAAGCGUGAUAAUGCUUAAAACAAGAUUUUAGACAAGAUUUAGAUUUUUAGACAUUUGUACUUCAAAACAAGACAUAAAACUGAGGAAGAACAUCGCUUUUUUGCAGGUACCAUAAAAGUUCUGACUAUUUAAAUACUCUAGUUGUUGGGAGCAGAGGUAUAGAUCUGUUGAAAGCUGUAUUUUUAAACGUUCAAGUGUUGUUAAUACAACUCACUGUGUGCUCCCUAAACAUUUGGAUUUUGAAAACAUAUUGACAUUGUGUUCCCUUCAAUUAAUUCCUUACAUUUUCUUUACAUGGUCUUAAAAAGGUCUUAAAUUUACCAUCAUAAAACCUGCAGAAAGCCUGUUUAUAAAACCUUUAGGCAGUUGAAGCAAAAUGUGAAAGUCAAAAAUAUUCCAAACUAAAAUUUAUACAAAAUACCUCACAAUGUAUAACAUCAGUUUUCAAGUGUUCAGUAAGAAUGAGAACUUGUUUUAACAA